AUGGCAUCCCGAGCUCCCGCACGCAACAUGCUGGCAGCCUUGCCCCGCUCGCUUCGCAUCGCGCCGUCGACGCCGAUCACGCGAACGCAUCUGCUCGCGCUGUACAAGGAGCAACUGCGCGUCGCUUCCUCUUUUGGGUCGUACAACUUUCGCCAGUACUUCUUGCGUCGUACGCGUGACAAGUUUCGUUCCGAACUGCCGAGCCUGCUCGAUGCGGCGUACAAUCCCUCGGCGAUCGCUUCGGGGUCGAGCGCGGCUUCGUCCUCGUCGUCUACGUCGGCUGCUUCAACGAGUGCCUCGACAAACUCGUCCGCAAAAGCUACGAACCCCGUUGAAACCAGUGAGGACAACUCGAUCUACGCCCCGACAAGAACGGAAGCCUCGGCUGCGUCGUCGUCGUCCACAGCGACGACGCCCGAGACUCGCCUGAGGGAAUGGUACGCCGAAACUUUGUCGGACCUGGCCAUCAUGGCGCGAGCGGCGAUCGUGAAUGGCAUGUACGAGGCACCCAAGUUGGUCGUUGAAGGGAGGGCCAAGAUGAUGGUGACCGGUGGUGGUGGAGCAGGAGCCGACGCGAGGUGAGUCCGAGUCAAGCUGCGUCUCACUUCUGAGUUCUGUCUCCGAGGAAUGGCACACGGUGCUAAAUUUUUUGCUCAAUCUUGGAUUUCCAGCUACGGUGGAGGUGGACAACCUGCAGAUGGUCAGAAAGGAGUCGCAGCAACGCCAGCGCAGUAGUCCGUCGUCACCUCACGCUUUUCGGACUCUGGUGGCUCCCACCAUAGAACGAGCUAGAGUUUGUCUGAUAGUUGUUGCAAUAAUCGUAUAAGGGAGUAACAACUCGCCAUCUGUGGGGUCUCUGAGAGUGGUGUGUGGCCUACGACCGAGCUCCCAAAGUUGGGAACGUUGCGUCGGGGUGUGGCCGCCGGUGGUGGCGGUGAUGACAAAUAUCCGGCCUGCGAUCGUGCUGCUUCGGGGCGAUGGCGAAGCGCCACAUGAAGCCAUGAAACUCCCUCGGCUUACUCUGGCCCGCUCUACCUUCCUACCUCCGUCCCCCUCUCACCCCCGUAACCUGUAUAGUGAGCACAACAUACGGCUGAACACCUCAAGAACCUCAGGUUGACAGGACGUGCUCUUCCAGUGCUCAAGCAUUUCAAAGGCCUCUUUGCCGCUGCGACCGUCCACGCCUACACCGGACCGACUUUACCGACCGCGAUCCAAUCCCAACGCUCCCUAUCGACCAUGGCCAGUUCCGAGACGGCCAUCUUUGCCAAUGGAUGUGAGUUGAGAUCCCAACAUUCUACGUGUGGGGCUGGAAGGGACAACUUUUUGCUUUAGCGGCUUCUACCCCACACGUUGGCCCCGAUGACGUGAACCUAUGCGGAUCGGCUCAAACACAUCGGUCUUUUCCUUGACUUGUCUGUAGGCUUCUGGGGAACAGAGGUGAGAAACAAUUCCGGGAUCUCGUCCAUACGAUGCUGUCACGCAGAUUUGGACGUUUGACUCCGGCUGCACCCGUUACUAACGCUUUUCGGACGGGUGACGUUCCUCCGCUCCCUGCAGCACAUGUUCCGCAAGCACUUUAUCGGUAAAGGCCUCAAGGACGCCAAAGUAGGGUAUAUUGGUGGCAAGACUUCGGUAGGUCGAGAUGGCAUCUGCACAAAAGCGUCGACCGUCCACGUACUGGAACCGCCAAGUUAAAACUUUGCUCCUUUUCCUCGCCACACAGAACCCGAGUUACCGCGAGGUGUGCUCGGGAUCGACGCAACAUGCCGAGGCGGUCAAGUUAGAGUACGUACCAUCAUGGAGAUCACAAAGGAACUUGAUUGAGCGCGAUGCUGAACUUUUGAACCUCUCGUCAUCGCGUAUGUGUCGCACCGCAGAUUCGACCCCUCGCAAUUGUCGUACGCGACCCUCGUCGAGUUCCACUACCGCAUGCAUGAUCCCAGUAAGUCGGAGGAAGUAUAAGUGAAGUCGUUAUUCACGGUGAAGUCAGGCUGAACCCUUCACUUCUUUCACCCUACAGCCCAGGUCGAUCGCCAAGGUCCCGAUCGUGGAACACAGUACCGAUCGGCGAUCUUCACCACUUCGGACGAACAAGCCGAGAUCGCGAAGAAGGUGACCAAGGAGGUACAGGAGGCACAUUUCCCGAAUGACAAGAUCGCUACCAAGGUGAAGCCGGAUUCAGUCCCUGCUGAUUGCGUUCCGGCGAAGGCUGACAAAGUACUGCUGCUUUCAGAUCGAGCCCGCCGGUCAAUGGUGGGAUGCAGAGACUUACCACCAAGAGUGUACGUCGACCUCCUUUGAGCGAAUUGGCAGAGCGACGAGUGCUCACUCACUCCUCGUUUCCCUUCUUAGACCUUGACAAUAACCCGGGAGGAUACGAGUGCCCGACGCACCGACUUCACUGGUAG